AUCCCAAGUAUCUAAAAUGUCAAAUGAGUGCUUCACCUCAGAAGAAAGGAGAAAAAGCAGCCUUCAGCUGUGAGUUGUGUACAUGCACCUCGCUCAAGGUAUCAGGUCUGAACCGCCACAGGAAAAUCCAUUCUAAAGGCAAACGUCACUUGUGUCCCAUCAGCCUCAAGGCCUUUCGAACAGCUGCUCUCCUGCAGAACCACGUGAAUGUGCAUGCAGGGACCAGGCCCUGUAAAUGCAGUGACUGUGAUAUGGCAUUUGUGACCAGUGGAGAGCCACAGCACAGGUGUUACAAGCAUACCUUUGAAAAACCUUUCAAGUGUUCAGUGUGUAAAUAUUCAAGUGCAGAAGCAAGUAAACUGCAGUGACACGUUUGCUCACAUACAGGAGAGCGUCCUCAUGCAUGUUACCUGCGCAGCUAUGCUGGCAAAGAUGCAUAUAAACUGAAAAGACACUUGGCAAUUUUAAUAGGUGAAAAACCACACGAAUGUUACAUUUGCUACACCAAAUUUGCUCAGAGUGGUAACAUGAAAGCACACAUAAUAAGGAAGCAUGGAGAAGAUGUGCCAAAAUACCAGUGUCCACAUUGCAGUGCCUAUAUUGCACAGAAAAGAGAUUUGGUGUGGACAUCAUCUUUUGUCUUUGUGGUUGUUAUUGUCCUGGGUGAAAUUGAGUACCACUACAUUGCCAUAAGAAUGCUAGACAGAAUGACCUCAGGAGGAGAAGCUGUGACCUUCUCCAAGGGACUGGGCAGCAACUGA